UGGAUGGAGCUCCGAUUUAACACACUAGCAAAAUGCCCUCACUGCAAAAAAAUAUCGUCUGUGGGUAGUGCUCUUCCAAGGAGGCGUUGUUGUGCCUACAUCACCGUGGGAAUGAUCUGCAUCUUUAUCGGAGUGGGAUUAACGGUGGGGACUCAGGACUUUGCCAGUCGUUACCAUGCCACCUAUGUGUCCUGGGCGUUCUCCUACCUCCUGGGUCUGAUCUGUCUGAUACGAGCUUGUUACUGGGGCGCCAUCAAAGUCAGCUAUCCAGAGAACAGCUUUUCCUAGACAGACAGACAGACAGACCGUUGUAAAUCUUUAACCUUUAAGUUGUUCACAUUGUUGUUAUUCUGAUUCUGCUCCAAGGUCAGUCCGGUCACUCCUGGUCCAAGAGAAAACAGAAAUCCAGCCCUGGUUUUGCAAUUAACUCAAGAAAUCUUUUAAUAUAUUAAGAUCAGUAAUUAAGAUAUUAAUUGGUUCGAUAAAURAUAAAGUGUGAUUUAAAGUAAUUGAUAUUGAAAUGAAGGAACUUGAUUUUGGUAAAUAUGCUGAUUACAAAGAAAGCCAGGUGGCUGGAUUCGGMCUCCUGGACCAUGGCCCAGGUACUGACUGACUGACUGGUUGAUGGACAUGUUACACAUUUUACGUACUACAUUUUGUUACCAACCAAAUGAGAAGGAUAACUUUUAUUAAGAAGAAUGUUGCCCAUUGCACUACAAUUAUAUGCAAUGAUUCUGUUCAGUUGCUGCUAGUUACCCAGUUAAGUU